AUGGCGCAAAUCACAGACGACAGCCUGCGCGCGGCCAUCACGGAGCGCCUCCAGGCCGUGCACGUCGAGGUGACAGACAUGUCCGGCGGCUGCGGCCAGGCCUUCACCACGCUCAUCAUCUCCCCGCAGUUCCAGGGCCUCACGUCGCUCAAGCGCCACCGCCUCGUCAACGCCGCCCUCAAGGACGAAAUCGCCGCCAUACACGCCUGGACCGCAAAGUGCCAGACCCCCGACGAGUGGCAGCGCGACAAGGCCAAGGCCGAGGCUGGCGGUGGUGCUGCCGGCCCGUCGCUCGCUGGCACCGUGGGUGGUCACGUCGAGGGCACUACGCAGUGA